AUGAAUGCUGACUACCAAGAGGAUGGCAGAAGCAUUCGACAUGAUCCAGCAAGCAAUGACGACAGGUUUUUAUCUCUUAUUUAUAUACUGUAUUUUGUUAUCAAAAUCGCUGACGUUACCGUUCACAAGAUAAAACUGAGUUACACAAUAUUUCCCGAUAUCUUGCCUACGAGCAAACUUCAACAGCCCAGACUUUUUCUAGUGCGUCUUGAACAGCGACGGGAGAUUUUGUUAAUCCUGUGCUGUGUUUGUGUGUUGCUGGUGUUGCUUGCUGUCACUUGUCACGAACAAAUCAACAGGUUCUGGUCGACACUGUUAAUCAACUGUGAAUUAGUCGACAGGAAGAUUUGCGGGUCGAUACUUAAACAAGUGAAGAUGGAUUCUGUGGAUGGGGUCGACUUGAUCCUCACUCAGCUGGGUAUGGGUCCCUGGAACUACUUAUUCAUCCUCGCCGCCCUCUUGGUGCCUGCAAUCUUACCUGUGUUCCUCGUCGGCUGUGAAUUCAUUAACCCUCAGCCUGUAUUCACCUGUAACCUGCCUAACAAUAACACCUUCUCUUACAACGGACCAUCUACACCCUUGGCUGUUUCGUGGGCUCCAUCUUAUCAGCCAUCUCCGCCCACAGGUGAAUCACUCCCUUAG